AUGGGUGGCGGCACCCUGGCUGUUGCCUUGGAUGCUCCCGAUGGCAAUGGCACCCCCAGCGCCAACACCAGCAACAAUCCAAACCGCAAACCAUCUGGUGUCACUGAGGCCCCAGAUGCUUCAACUGGUGUUGACAAUGACAUAGCCCAUUUUGCCCCUCCACACAGCCCUAACAACCUGUUUUACUAUGUGGAGCUCCUCAAGUGUUUAUGGACAUGGUCACCAUUUGAAAGCUCCUCAAAUCACGGCUUGAGGGUUAUUGUGUUGCACACAGUCAGAACUACAUCCACACUUGCAACUACGUUGACAGUCACCAACAAGUAUUUUGAGUUGAUGUCUGGUGUCCCUCAGAUGAAGCCCAAGAAACUUUUGGCCACUCAGUUCUGGUUAAAGGAGCACUACUCUACAAUUGUCAAGCCCAAUUUUGAAGCUCAGUAG